AUGAGCAACAAACGGUCCAACAGCUUCCGCCAGGCCAUCCUGCAGGGGAACCGCAGGCUCUGCAGCAAAGCCCUGCUGGAGGAAAAGGGGCUGAACCUCUCUCAGCGACUGAUCCGCCACGUGGCCUAUGAGACUCUGCCCCGGGAGAUUGACCGCAAGUGGUACUACGACAGCUACACCUGCUGCCCCCCGCCCUGGUUCAUGAUCACGGUUACACUGCUGGAGGUUGCCUUUUUCCUCUACAAUGGGGUGUCGCUGAAUCAAUUUGUGCUGCAGGUAACCCAUCCACGUUACCUGAAGAAUUCAUUGGUUUACCACCCGCAGCUCCGAGCACAGGCUUGGCGCUACCUGACGUACAUCUUCAUGCAUGCGGGGAUAGAACACCUGGGACUCAACGUGGUGUUGCAGCUACUGGUGGGGGUCCCCCUGGAGAUGGUACAUGGAGCCACCCGCAUCGGGCUUGUCUACGUGGCUGGUGUUGUGGCAGGGUCUUUGGCGGUAUCUGUGGCUGACAUGACUGCGCCAGUUGUGGGCUCCUCUGGAGGGGUGUACGCGCUUAUCUCUGCCCAUCUGGCCAACAUCGUGAUGAACUGGUCAGGCAUGAAGUGCCAGUUCAAACUGCUACGGAUGGCUGUGGCCUUGAUCUGUAUGAGCAUGGAGUUUGGGCGGGCUGUGUGGCUCCGGUUCCACCCGUCAGCCUAUCCCCCGUGCCCUCACCCGAGCUUCGUGGCACACCUGGGUGGUGUGGCUGUAGGCAUCACCCUGGGUGUGGUGGUCCUGAGGAACUAUGAACAGAGGCUGCAGGACCAGUCGCUGUGGUGGAUUUUUGUGGCCAUGUACACCAUCUUUGUGCUGUUUGCCAUCUUCUGGAACAUCUUUGCCUACACCCUGCUGGACUUGAAGCUGCCACCGCCCCCCUGAGGGGCUUAAGGACAGAGGUGGGGAAGGGGAGAGAGAAGCAGCAUCGAGAGAGAGCAUCUGCCUUCUUUUUUUCUCAUCACCAGCUGAGUUAGGCCGGGAGGAGAAGACAAGGGACGCUGAGCUGCUGUAAUUGUCAUGUUUAAAUUUGGACAGAGAGUGGAGACUCUUUUGUGAAAGGUACCUGUUGGAAGAGUCAGAUGCGGCUACCAUCAUUUUUCUAGACUGUUCUGAUGACACUGGGCUAGGGCAUGGGCCUGGGUGGCAGUGAGACUGGCCCUGCCCUUGGGCUGGGCUUGUUCGAUCUGUUCAGGGGUCCCCUGUCCCCACACCCAACUGAGCAGCAGCCUUCUCCCUCAUCUCCACCCUGAGAAAUCCUGAGAGAUGUCAGGACGGUCUGAGGGCUAUAGAAGCCAGGCAGUCCCUUGUCCAGGCCAGAAGCAGUUGCAGACCAGGAAGCAUUCCCUCCACAGCUGCUGAGCCUGGAGCUCUGGUCUGAGAAGAGGACCUGAUGAUGAACAUGUUGACUCUGGCCUGAGGGAAGCCCCUCUGUGCCUGUCGGUGGGACUGGGGCAUGGCCACUAGUGCCUAGGGUAGGCAGAGGAAGGAAGUGCUAUAAGCUCCAGGCCCCACCCUCCCCCUGGGGACACUCAGUGAGGAGGGAAAUAAACUUGGCCCGGAGUUCCACCCUGGGGAAGGCCCAGUGUCUACUCUAGACUUCUCCUACCCUUUCUCCCAGAAUGCUGACAUCUCACACAUCCUAUGGCCCUGCCUUGCUUUUAGGGUCUUUUCCUUCCCUUCCACUGCCUUGAUCCUACCUUGUACCUCUCCUUUGGUUAUGGAGACAGUAUUUAGAUAGUGUGUGUGUGUGUGUGUGUGUGUGUGUGUGUGUGUGUGUGUGUGUGGUCUGGUGGGCAGAGAUGUGUAUGAUGGGAAAGAUAAAGUGACCACUAGUAGGAGACUGUAGAGGAGGUAGGUGAGGGUCAGUGGUAGCCUGUGGAUACUCUGCAUGUGGGAAGAAAGGUGUUGGUGGUGGGAGCCUGGAGGGUGUAUGGUGUGGUGUGGUUGCUGAGGAACCUUGCUUUUAGCAAAGCUUGUCGCCUUCUUUCCCAUCCUCUACCCCUUCCAGGUGCCUCCCUGAGAGUCUUUGGCCAAUGGGAAAAUUGUUAUCAGUUGGUGGCGGGGGGAGGGAACUGGGCCCUUUCGGGGACCCUCGGGGUGCUGAGGUUUUCCUCAGCUUUGCCCAGUACUGCCCUUGUGUCCCUCUGGAAUGGCCUUCAUACCUGAAAAGGCUCUACUGUCUCUUAGGAGGGAAGAGAACCUGUGGCUGGAAUAUUGAGGCCACAUGGCCAUUUGAGUUGGGGGGACAGGAGGCUGCAGGAAAAGGAAUUCCAAUUUAGGCAGAGAAAUUCAGUCCUGGAGAAAGAAUUGUUGGAUGCCUGGAUGAGUGUCAGAGGUGAAGACAUCCCCCUAGACUCAGAUGCUUAGAGCUGGGAGGGAAUCUGGAGAUUAUCACCUCCACCCCCACAUCUGUUUCACAAGUGGGAAAAUGGGAGCUGGGGCAGGCCCCAAGGUGAGGGUGUGAGGACAGUGGCCUUUGACAAAGCAUGCCAUUCUCUUUAUGUGUCACUGACAGCCCAGAAGGAUGAAGAACUCUAGUCCUGGGAGGCAGAGGGUGCAUGCAGGAACAAGGACAGAAAUGUGGGACCUGCCCUCUACCAGCCUUAUGCCCGUCAGAGCUCCAGAGUCACCCAGGCCAAGCUUUUGGGAGGUCUUGGGCCACUGUGGCUCCCUGUCCCCAGCAAUCACAUGUAAACAGGCAGGGUCUUCCCACCCAGGGACACACUAAGCCAU